AUGCACUUCUGCCUGAACUGCUUACAAGCCUUCCCAACAAUCGAAUCGCGUGAUAAGCACUAUGGCUACUGCAAGGACAACGAAGCGGUCAAGAUCACGAUGCCAAGCGAAAAGAAAAAGUGGCUCUACUACAAGGACGGUCAACAGCAGUUCAAAAUACCAUUCGCCAUCUAUGCAGACUUCGAGAGCCUGUUGAUUCCAAUGAAAGAGAAUGCGAGGGAGACCAAGACGAAAAAGUUGAACAAGCACGUACCAUGCGGCUGGUGCACAUAUAGUACCUUCGCCUAUGACGAUAUAUCAUAUCCUUUGUAUAGAUACCGCGGUAAGGACUGUGUGAAGAUGUUCGUCCAACAUAUAGAGGAUAAGAGACCACUGUCACUACACGGGGCUAUACAGAGGCGCUGUGCACAAUCUCUGCAACCUCAAAUACAAGAUACCAGGCCACGUGCCGUGAUCUUCCACAAUCUCUCGGGGUAUGACGCCAACUUGUUCAUCCGGGAGCUCGGAGAGAAGUAUGACACCCAGAAUAUUGGCUGCAUCGCUGAAAACACCGAAAAGUAUAUCUCCUUCAACGUAAAAAUCAAGGUAUCCCUUAGAUGCAUGGGAUAUGGUGAUAGUGAAACAUACAAGAAGAUCGAGAUCAGAUAUGAAAUGUCAGCAAUGCGCAGAUACAUGUCUGGAAUUUCAGAGCAUCGAGGCCGAGUAUGUGGCAAGCUUUUGGUGCAAGACUUGCGGCUCGAGUACCACGAAGCAGCUAGACAUGGAGAGGUAAAAGCAAAUGUACCAGCCAUGGCAAGGUUCAUCGACGGGGAUGAUUUCUUCAGACUGAUGCUUCGAAAAGGUGUCUACCCCUACGAGUACAUGAAUGGCUGGCGAUUCAAGGAGACAGAGCUACCUCCCAAGGAGGCAUUCUAUAGUAAGUUGAAUAUGAAGGGGAUCAGCGACAACGACUACGAACACGCGAAAAAAGUCUGGAAUUUCAUCACUCCGAAGGGUGCUGAGGUCAACAUGGGAGACUACCACGACCUGUACCUCGUCACAGACUGCGCCUGGUCUCGCCUGGAAAGCAGCGUUGAAGUAUACCGAGAUCAAGCUGGAGCUCCUUACGGACCCCGACAUGCUCCCGAUGUUCGAAAAAGGUAUUCGUGGAGGCAUAACUCAAGCUGUGCACAGAUAUGCCAAAGCCAACAACAAGUACAUGGGGAGCAAUAUGAUCCCAAUGAGGAGUCUUCAUACUUGCAGUACCUCGACGCCAACAAUCUCUACGGUUGGACCAUGCGUCAGGACCUGCCCACUCAUGGAUUCAAGUGGCUUUCGAUUGUUGAGGCCUUUACCCAGAAGCGCAUCAGCAAGCUCGUUGCUGACAACAAGCAUGGUUAUAUCCUGGAAGUUGACAUCAACUACCCUGAAAAGCUACACGACAAGCACAACGAGUUACCCUUCCUGCCAGAGCGUAAGGUGGUUCACAGGGUCGAAAAGCUGAUACCAAAUUUGGAACACAAGCAGAGGUACGUUGUGCACAUCAGAGCCCUUCAUCAAGCUCUAAAUCAUAGGCUCGAGCUCAAGAAGGUAUACAGAGUGUUCCAGUUUAACCAGAAGCCCUGGCUGAAGGGCUAUAUCGAUCACAACACGGAGCUUAGAGCCGCCGCCAAAAACGAGUUCGAAAAGGACUUUUACAAGCUAAUGAACCUCUCGGUGUUCGGCAAGACUAUGGAGAACCUGAGGAACCAUCACAUCAUCCAGCUAGUCACGAAUGAAGCUGCCUACACAAAGCUCGUCAUGAAGCCGAACUUCAAGGGUGGGAACUACUUCAGCAGCCACCUCAUGGGCGUGGAGAUGGGCAACACGGAAGUAAAGAUGAACAAGCCGGUAACAGAGGACUUUUACCGCGAUAUUGCUGAUGAUGUCGAGACACGUUUCAAUACGAGUGCCUAUAGCAAAGAUGAUGGCAGACCUCUCCCCAUUGUCAAAAACAAAAAUGUCGUGGGCUUGAUGAAGGAUGAGCUAAACGGUAAAAUCAUGACAGAGUUCAUCACCCUGAGAGCAAAACUCUAUGCGUACAAGAGUAUCAUGAAAGGGGGCGGCGAUGGCAAGGCGAAAGGUGUGAAAAAGGGUGUCACGGCCAAAUCCAUCACCUUUGAAGACUACGUGCGCUGCCUAGAGGAUAGCGUUGACAUAUACAAGACCUGGGUCUGUAUCCAGAACAAGGGACAUCAAAUCUAUACGCAGGAAGUGAACAAGCUGGCACUCAAUAGAGCAGACGAUAACAAGAUCGUGCAACCAGACCAGAUCACAACGCUCGCCAGAGGUCAUUAUCGCUUAGUGGCAAAUAAAUGA